AUGCCGCCCAAAGGAAAAGCGGCGCAAAAGCCCAAAGCGGGAAGUUGUGCAGCCACCACCACCACCACCAAACCAUCAGCUCCGGCUGCACCUGACAACAACAACAACAACAACAACGCUUCCAAACAACCAGAAAAGGAGAAACCUUCCACCGUCGCCGAGUUAUCGAGAUAUCAUUUUGAGCUUUGUCACCCGUUCGAGGGAAAGAGAUCGACGACGCAGGCCGAUCAGCUUGUCUGGCUUGCUUCACGGCUUGUCACCCGGCUGCCGGUUCGGUUUUUGGGUGCAAAGGGGCAGAAGGAUUUGUGGAAGACGGUUAAUGAGCACUCGCUUCCUGCUAGGGGGUUUAAUCUGAGGAAAUAUAAGAAACGGCAGCAGCAACAUAAAGGUGUUGAUUCACGGGGGAGGGAUAUCGGGGAGUAUACCGCCAAGGAGUGGGGAAUACGGCAGGAGAAGAGAGUGACGUUGUCUUGUCUGCAGCUGCAGUCGCAGAGGUUUAGAGAGCUGAGGGAUAGGCAAAAGAGGGGGUUCGUGGACUGCCAGACGGGAGAUCAGGUUUUGGUUACUGAUUCAGAGUAUACUGAGGAAAAGCAACGACGGAGAGAGAUGGAGAGGCUAAGCAGGGAGUUGUACGGCGCGGAGGGGAUGGCGAGGCAGGGGAAGCUGGCGCUGGAUCCGGAGUGGGAUGACGUGGUGCCGAUUGUGAUGGAGGAUCCGGAGAACGGCCUGGCGGCGAUUGCGUAUUCUCCUGACUACGCUGAAGCAAUGUCCUACCUCCGCGCCGUCAUGUCGGCAAAAGAGUACUCCCCACGCUCCCUCAAGCUGACCGAGUACAUCAUCAACCUCAACCCGGCGCACUACACCGUCUGGCUCUUCCGCGCGGCCAACAUCUUCGCCAUGAAGCUCCCCAUCCCGGACGAGAUCACCUGGCUCAACCAGAUCGCGCUGGAGAACCUGAAAAACUACCAGAUCUGGCACCACCGGAAUUUGUUGGUAGAACACUACCACCCCUCCAUCGCGUCUGACCCUCCGGCGCUGGCAUCGUUUGCUACUUCGGAAAGGGAGUUUCUGACCCAGAUAUUGGCGGAAGACACAAAGAACUACCACGUGUGGAGCUACCGCUCCUGGAUGGUGGGCAAGCUGGGGGUGUGGGGGAAUCCGGAGGAGCUGAGGAGCACAGAGGAACUGAUUGAGCAGGAUGUGAGGAACAAUUCGGCUUGGUCGCAUAGGUUUUAUUUGGUGUUUUCCGAUCCGGAGAACUGCACGCCUGGAGAAAAGUAUGCGGCUACCGAGGCGGACCCAAAGGUGCCCGGGGAGAUUGUUGAUCGGGAGGUGGCUUAUGCGGAGGAGAAAAUUAGGUUGGCGCCGCAGAAUCAGUCGGGGUGGAAUUACUUGAGGGGGGUGUUGGUUAAAGGGGGGAGGAGGUUGAGUUCUGUGAGGGAGUUUGCCGAGGAGUUUGUCAAGGGGUUGGGCGAGGGGGAGGAAGGGGAGGAGGUGAGGUCGAGUCAUGCGUUGGAUUUGUUGGCCGAGGUUUAUAAGGAGUUGGGGGAGAGGGAGAGGGCGGAUUUGUGCUUGAGGAGGUUGAUGGAGAAGUGGGAUCGGAUUAGGGGGGGUUAUUGGCAGUGGAGGAGGGAGGGGUUGGGGUUGGCGGAGGUUGCUGCUUGA